AUUUGCUUCUUCCUUCGAGUUGCUGGUAUGGCGUUUGUUGGGGUGUUCAACAUGUGCAAGAUUGAGUGUGUGGACGAGUGAAUAGGCACGUAGGCAGGCAUACUGUAUGUAAGCAUUGCGCAAAGCACACACGAUGCCGCGGGAUACACCGACUUAUACGGAAUGGAUCAACAGCAUCAUGCUGCCUUUGGAAGCAGCUGCGUUUAUGUGAAUAACCCUGGACAGGCUAUCGUCCUAUCCUUGCCAUUUUAAUUUUCACAUCCGCUACCUCAGUAUGCACUUCGUACGCCAAGCAUUUUCGCUCUCUUCGUGUUUACAGCUACUGCAGUUCUCUGUCCUCACAGCACAUCAAUACCAAAAAAUUCUACCAAGACGCAAAAGGCGGCAUAGAGACCAACACGUUUCCCAUAAAAUAGUGACAUGUCAUGAAUCGUGCUGCCCGACUACGGCUUCAUGCUCCCAGGUGCAGGGGGGGCCCAAGCAUUCCUCCAGAGUGACAACGACAACGAACCAGCUACUAGUAAUACCACACGCACGCGGACACUACUAUUCGCUCAUGGUCACGCAAAAACCACCAUAUGACCGGCCACCGCCCCAACAACAUAUAGCAACAUGUUGUCUGAUAUACGGUCACCGCCCUAAAGACCCGUCCGUGUCAUUACAAGCUUCUUUUUAGCAGCAGUUUAUAAAAAAAAAAUUAUGGUCCUGUUCCUAAGUAUUUCUCAAGUGCUGCCCAACUACCACCACCUUUUU